UGACGUCAUCGCUCAGCAUCGUAAUGGCCGCUGAUUCGCACCGAGUGGAUUUUUAAAAACUAAAGUUUUGUGUUUUUUCCGACUCUGGUGAAUAAACUGUCCCAGUCCGUCAUGUGUCAAGUGGAAGAAGAUUACAGAGGACAGCUGCAGCGUCCCCAGCUGACCAGUGUUUCCAAGAAGUGUUCCAAAUGCAGCGAGAGCAGCGCUGUCGUCGUCAUCAGGGCCGGAGAUCCAUUCUGCAGGAGCUGUUUUAAGGAAUACUUCAUUCACAAGUUCCGGGCCAUGCUCGGAAAAAACAGGGUCAUUUUUCCUGGAGAGCAGGUGCUGCUGGCAGUGUCUGGAGGUCCUUCAUCUUCCUCCAUGCUUCAUCAAGUCCAAGAGGGUUUGAGCCAGAAUGCACACAAGAGGUUGAGGUUCCGACCCGGUAUCGUCUACAUUGAUGAAGGUGGCGCUGUCGGUCGAUCUGUGGAGCAGAGACAGAGGACUGUGGCCCAGAUGGUGGAUAUCUUUAAGGCCUCUGGAUUUCUUUACCACAUCGUUCCUCUGGAACAGGUCCUUCAUCUUCCAACUUCAGUUCUGCUGAUGGAACCCAUUAGUCCUGUGCCUCCAGCCAGUGCCUACAAAGCAGCUGUGGAUCAGUACCUUCAGACUGACAGCAGCAGUUAUCUGCAGCCCGUGGGUCAGGAGAAGGUCCAGGCCGUGCCCAUCAUCCAGGACUCGCAUACAACAUCACUACAGCAACUGAUGGCUUCCGCAGUAACGCUCACAGCCAGAGAGGAGCUUCUGAACACAUUACGGCAGCACCUGCUGGUGCACACGGCUCGCACCCGAGGCUACAGCAAAGUGAUGCUUGGCGACAGUUGCAGCCGGCUGGCGGUGAAGCUGCUCAGCAGUGUGUGCAUGGGCCGAGGAGCGCAGCUGGCAGACCUCACAGGUUUCUCUGACUCCAGGUUUGGGGACAUCACCUUUGUCCGUCCCAUGAGGGACUACUCUGCUAAAGAAAUCUCUUACUACAACCACCUGUUCAAAGUGCUGUCUGUUUUCGUACCUGGUUUGGACACCAAGGCUGCAGACAAGGCCAGCAUCCAGCGCCUGACUGAGAACUUCCUCAUGAAUCUGCAGCUGGACUUCCCUUCUACUGUGAGCACCAUCUACAGGACCAGCGAGAAGCUGCAGACGGACCGCGAGAGCCGCUGCAGCGCCGCCGAUAAGUGUCUGCUGUGUCUGGCUGCUCUGGACACAUCUGUGGAGGAUGCUUCAGCAUUCCAGGCCACACUGAUCUCAGAGCAGCUGUCCCAGACAAGAUCACCUACGCUGGAGAAGACUGCAAACCCAACAAAAAGUCCAGCUGCAGGACUCCCAGAAUCCACUGCUUCCAGUCAACAGUGUUGUUCACCCACAGGAGACGACUGUGGGAGAACGAGUGAUCAAAGCUGCAGCUCCUCUGGCAUACUCGGAGCAGACAGAUCUCAGUUGAAAAAGCUGCUGUGUUACAGCUGUCAGCUGACCCUGAAGGACGUGUCAUCAGUGGAACUUUUGCCUCCCUACAUGUUGUCUGAAGCCAAAAGGAGACAAAACAGGUCCGAGAUGAGAGCACAGAUCAGCGACUUCCUGCUGGAUGGAGCGGACGGCUGAUGUGUGCUUCACUUUGCAGCCUGGUGGGAGCAGCCUGGAGCCAAUCCCAGCAUGCUGUUCUUUCAAUGUUAGUGGAA